CCGGGACAGCAGCAGGGCCCCGCUGGCCCCGGACACACCGAGCUCAGGGGCUGCUGAGCAGAGCUCCAGGCCACAGCUGGACACGGGUUUGGCGUUCAUGGCACAGCUGGACACAGGAAUGUCCCUCCAUGGCACACACACCUGCACUGACCACAGCUGGACACAGGAGUGUCCCUCCAUGGCACACACAACUUUAUCAACCAGAGCUGGACACAGGAGUGUCCCUCCAUGGCACUCACACCUGCACUGACCACAGCUGGACACAGGAGUGUCCAUUCACGGCACUCACACCUGUACUGACCCCUGCUAAACACAGGUGUGUCCUUCCAUGGCACUGCUGGACCUGGGUGUGUCCUUCCAUGGGACACACACCUGUACUGACCACAGCUGGACACAGGAGUGUCCCUCCAUGGCACACACACCUUCCCCACCAAGCCCUCUGUGCCCCCUGGCACGGGGCUGUGCCACAACCGGAGAUUGCCCUGAGCUCAAUGCGCCCUCCUGGGCAGAGCCUGCCACCAGCCCGGUGUCACCAAGGCCACCAAACCGAGCCAGUGCGGCACCAUGGCCAGCCCAGUGCCAGCACGGCCACCAAACUGAGCGACCACGGCCAGCCCAGUGACAGCAUGGCCACCAAGUUGAGCAACCAGGGCCAGCACGGCCACCAAACUGAACCAUGGCAGCUGACCCAGUGCCAGCACAGCCACCAAACCGAGCCAGUACAGCCAGGGCCACAUCACGGCAGCAACAGGUCAAACCACGGCUCAGCCACACCAACAAUGUCAGAGCCACAUCAACAAUGGCAGAGCCACACCAGACCAUGGCUCAGCCACACCAGAUCAUGGCAGAGCCAGACCAUAACAUGGGAGAGCCACACCAGACCAUGGCAAAGCCACAUCAACGAUGGCAGAACCACACCAGAUCGUGGCAGAGCCACACCAGAACAUGGCACAGCCACACCAGAACAUGGCACAGCCACACCAGAGCUCAGCAGAGCCACACCAACCAUGGCAAAGCCACACCAGACCUUGGCUCAGCCACACCAGAUCAUGGCAGAGUCACUCCAGACUUCAGCAAAGCCAGGACACUCCAUGGCAGAGCCACAACAGAGCUUGGCAGAGCCACACCAGAUCAAGGCAGAGCCACAACAACCAUGGCAGAGCCACACCAGACCAUGGCACAGCCACACCAGACCUUGGCAAAGCCAGACCAGAACAUGCCAGAGCCACACCAACCGUGACAGAGCCACACCAGACCAUGGCUCAGCCACACCAGACCUUGGCAGAACCACAUCAACGAUGGCAGAGCCACACCAGAUCGUGGCACAGCCACAUCAGACAUUGGCUCAGCCACACUAUAAAAUGGCAGAGCCACACCAGACCAUGGCAGAGCCACACCAGAACAUGGCACGGCCACACCAGACCAUGGCACAGCCACACCGGCUCCUGUGCCACCACACGACCGAAACACCGCCACGCCGAUCCGGCGCCGGCUCCGCCCGGAGAGCCGCAAGCCCCGCACCGCGCGUCCCGCGCUCCCUGCCCCGUCCUGGGGCCACUCUCUUCUUGGUCGCCACGAGCCCCGCUCGGGCAGCCCUGGGCGUGGCCUGGGGAAGCAGCACAAGGCAAAGAGGCGGAGAGAGCCGAGGUUAGUGCCGGGAGAGCCAGAGGCAGCCGGGAGCCCCGUGUGGC